AUGGGUCUCAAACUUGUUAUGAAUCUAUUGUCAAUACUUAUGAUCUUAUCAUCGGCAUCUGCAAGAAGAGAGCUUUUAUCCGAUGGUGAAUUUGACGUGACGAGUGCGAAAUAUGGUGGAAAGGCAGGUUCUGAUAUUAGUCAGGCUUUAACAAAUGCAUGGAAAGAUGCAUGUGCAUCGACCUCGCCAAGUAAAAUUAUUAUUCCAAAAGGGACAUACCCAUUAAAAGAAGCAGAAUUCUCAGGACCUUGCAAGGCUCCUAUUGAGAUGCAACUCCAAGGCACAUUGCAGGCACCAGAAGAUAGCACCCAAUUAACGAAACCAGAUACUUGGAUUGGGUUUCUAUACAUUAGCGACUUCACGUUAUCCGGUGGUGGAGUCUUUGAUGGCCAGGGAGCAAAGGCUUGGAAAGCAAAUGAUUGCCAGAAAAACCCAAAGUGUUCUAGCACCAUUAAUAUUAGGUUCCACCAGAUGAAGAAGUCAUUAGUUAAGGAUAUAACUUCACUUAACAGCAAGAACUUCCAUUUCAAUAUAAUAGGUGCCGAGCAACUUACCUUCGACCAUGUCACCGUUACUGCACCUGGAGAUAGUCCUAACACAGACGGAAUUCAUAUCGGGCGCUCAAAUGGGGUCAACAUUACCAAUUGUGUGAUCGGAACUGGAGACGAUUGCAUUUCAAUUGGUGAUGGCACCAAGCAACUAACAAUAGAGAAGGUAACUUGCGGACCAGGCCAUGGAAUAAGCGUUGGAAGUCUAGGAAAAUACGAUAACGAAGAGCCUGUGGCAGGAAUCUUUGUUAAGAAUUGUACCAUCAGUAAAACGCAAAAUGGUGUUAGAGUCAAGACAUGGCCUAAUGGUCCUUCGGCUAUCACCGCCUCAGAUAUUCACUUUGAGGAUAUCAUCAUGGAUAAUGUUCAAAACCCAAUCGUGCUAGAUCAAGAAUACUGCCCAUAUGAUCAGUGUGAUAAAUCGGCUUCAUCAAAAAUCAAGAUCAGCAAUGUGAGUUUCAAAAACAUUAGAGGGACGUCUGCCACUGCAUUAGGCGUGAAGGUUGCUUGUUCCAAGUCUAACCCUUGUGAUCAGGUGGUGAUGUCUGACAUUGAUCUCAAAUUAUCAGGCGCAGGUGAACUCACUUCACAGUGUACUAAUACCAAGCCCACAAUUACUAAUGUGGCAAAGGCUCUUGCUUGUGCUACUGACCAACCUGUUGAUCCUGCAAAGGGUGGAGCACCUAAAUAAUCUUCUGACUACGUUUUGAUCCAAAUUCAUUAUUGUUCUAUUUAAACACGGAUAUGUUAUUAUUAUAAAUGAUUGAGAAUUUGUAGAAAAUAAAAGGUGAGAUGAAUGUGCACCUGUUAGUUACCAAGUAUAUGUACCAGAUUGGUUGUGAAGCUGUAUCAGAACAUAUAAGAUGAAUUAUUAAUUUGUA